CGGACAACGUUGCUGUCCAGCCAUUCAAUUGAGCGCCGUGAUGACGACACAAUGAUCCUGGGCUGAUCCUGGGUCAAGAUUGCUUUUUUAGGUGGGUUCUUAUAUAAAAGUGGUGAUAUCGCAGACUUCCAAGUAGCGCUCAAGCGAGGUGGAAGCUCAGCGCUCAGCGCUCAGUGUUCAUGUACAUUGUCAUGUACUCAGCAUGGUCACUGAUCCUGCAGAUUAGUUUGCCGAUGCAUCCUUGCAAGCAUUGCCCCCGAUUCUGGAACCACGAACAUGUGCAAGUAUAAGGGUCGUCCUGUAGGCUACGUCCAUUCAAUAACGUCUCAACCCCACAACUUGAACACUCACGUUAUGAGCUCUACCAUCGAUGAAACGAUAUCUAAUGAUACUCCUAGUAGUUCAGCCUCUCAAGUCCUGAAAAACUUUCCGCUUCCCACUCAUCCCAUUCUGAAUUCAGCGUUCAGAAUCCUGUGCGUUGUUGCAGUCUCUCGGACGUCCCUCGAACACUGGAGACACACAAAUGACGAAGAAUGGAAGGAGCAUGUUUCAGUGAUAGUCAAUCGUUUCCAGAACUCAAACGUCACCGCUGGGCUGGUACUCGCAACUACUGCUUUGCUCCUGACGACGAGCUCUCCUGUAACCAGCUUGAUGGUUUUUGACACUGCAGCCUCCUAUGUCUUCGCCAUGAUUGCAUUUAGUGCUGCAUUGCUCAGUGUAAUAUCGGGAGCUGCGGUCGUGGUCAUCUAUCAAACUAGCACUGUUCAUAAAGACAUGGAACAGCUCAAAGACAUGUCACGAUGCCAAAUUAUCUGCCUGUUGUUGUGGUUGGCAUACCCCUCAAUUUGUCUGGCAGUCGCCGCUUGCUGUUUGUUUGUGUCUCUCUUUAUCGCUUGCUUCUGCUCUGGAAAUGUCCCGGUCCAAGUCAUUUCAGCCGCAGGUUGUUCGGCCUUCGUUGUCAAUGGAAUCCUUACGCUCCACGUUUUCAAUUGUGUGCGCGAACCGGAUGCCGCACAAACCCUAGAAGUAGUAGAGACUGGUUACGAGUCUACAAAAACCCACCGUCGGCUCGGGCGGAAUGCGUUCUGCAUGCAUUGAAUCUUUUGCCAUUGGCUUAGUUUCAGUAUGCGGGCCCACGUUAUGAAUCCACUCAUACUACUAGACUUGAAUUGAAGCCUUUCAAGUUAUUGCAAUAAAAUGCAGACCACAGUAAUGUCAUGCAAGUUGGUGAUUCGCACGAGGGUUUGUUUGACUAGUGUGCGGUCACCUCUGCUCGGAUCCUACUCAUGUGACUUGUGGGAUUUCCUUCGGUAUACCGUACAACUCUUCUUAUCGUUUUACGAA